AAAUAUCUUAUCUUAUGUCAGCCAAAAAACAAAGAAAAAGAGAAACAUGAAACCAGAAUAUCUAAUCUAAGUUCAAAGUUGGAACAAAAGAAAAAGAAACACACACACGCGCACACACACAACACAUAAGAAUAAUGGAUGCCAUUCAGCAAGUAGGAUUUCCAGUACUGGGUAUUAUAGCAGCAGCUGCUGUUACAUUUUAUGCAGUCAGCUUUAAUGAAAUUAGAGAGAAAUCUUUAAGAGAUUAUGAGGAUGGAGAAGAAUCUGAAAGUGGUGGAUUCAAGUAUGUUAGCUCUAGAGAGAGAAGAGCUAGAAAAAAAGCUGAUAAACAGAAACCCAAAUCUUGAUUUCUAUGUACUCAUAUUCAGUCCAACCAAUAUUGCUGUAAGAUCAAUAUGAAUAUCUUGUCUUUGGUUUGGUACCUUUUUCAUAGUCAUUGGAAUAGUAUAUUUGGAUUUGAACUUUAUGAGUUCGACAUUUUAUUAAAUUCACCGAUUAUUUGA